CUUCUUCCAAUCAUCAUGCCAGGCCUUACCAUUGGAGACACAAUCCCUGACCUUGAAGCUGAAACCACCCAGGGCAAGAUCAACCUCCACCACUUCUGUUCUAAUUCAUGGACCAUCCUCUUCUCUCACCCUGGUGAUUUCACCCCGGUUUGUACCACGGAACUUGGGAAGAUGGCUGAGUAUGCUAAAGAGUUUAAUCAGCGAGGAGUGAAGCUAUUGGGUUUAUCAUGCGAUGACAUUCAAUCCCACAAUGAAUGGAUCAAAGACAUUGAAGCCUUCACUCCAGGUUGCAAGGUGAGUUACCCAAUCAUGUCAGACCCAAAGAGAGAGAUAAUCAAGAAGCUGAACAUGGUGGACCCUGAUGAGAAAGAUUCCAGUGGCAAUAAUCUACCUUCUAGGGCUCUUCACAUAGUGGGGCCUGAUCUUCAGGUGAAGCUGAGUUUUCUGUACCCAGCAACAACAGGGAGGAACAUGGAUGAAGUAGUGAGGGUGGUGGAGUCUCUGCAGAAGGCUUCAAAGUUCAAGAUUGCAACACCAGCAAACUGGAAGCCAGGGGACCCUGCUGUCAUUCAGCCAAGUGUCACUGAUCAACAAGCCAAGGACAUGUUCCCUCAAGGUUUUGAAACUAAGGAUCUCCCUUCAGGGAAAAACUACUUGCGCUUCACCAAAGUUUGAUAUCAUAUCAUAUCAUAUCAUGUCAUCUUAUUUUGCUAUCUCACAAAUCUAAAUAUGGUUAAGUACGAGUUGGCCUCUUCUCUAAUGUUAUGUUUUAUAUAGACACUACUUAGUAUAAUGUAUCCUUUUGUUGACUGUGUUAUACUAUAACAGAAUCUGAAUCUUAAUUUGGUUAUGUCACAUUAUUA